CCUUAUAGGCAGAGUUCCGUGACGUAGUCCUUGUUGCUUAGCAUGUAUAGAACACACUAAAACACAACCUUUUCCACAUUUCGCAAACACGAAUUCCUCAGAUAUCUUCCAUAAACCAACUCCCAACAGCGCAAGUGUCCGGAUAUUGAAUACCAGGCUUCUAAAUAGGGGCUUUUAUAUCACUAUAUCAACUAUAACCGGCUUGCAAUUAUGGAGAGAAAGAGUUGGGUUGUUUUGGAGAAUAAUCCCGAGGUAAUGAAUCAAUUGGCCGCAAAUCUAGGUUUGUCCCAGGAGUUAUCAUUCUACGAUGUCUGGUCGCUCGACGAACCUGAACUCCUAGCCCAUAUCCCUCGGCCGGCCCUGGCUUUACUAGUCAUCUUGCCCCUUACCCCUGCCUGGAAGGCAGAGCGUGAGGCUGAAGAUUCUGGGAAAGAAGACUAUCAAGGACGCGGGCCUGAGGAGCCUGUGAUAUGGUUCAAACAGACUAUCGGUAAUGCUUGCGGGUCCAUCGGGUUCCUGCACUGCGCUAUCAACGGCCCGGCUGCGGAGUACAUCCAACCGGGCUCCGAUCUAGACGAGAUCCGUCGCCAGGCCAUCCCUUUAGGAAUGAAGGAACGGGCCGACUUGCUUUAUAACAGUGUGCCUCUCGAAAAAGCUCACGAAUCGUGCGUCCAGCUGGGAGAUACGGCCGCCCAGAACGAAGAGCAUCUGGGACAGCACUUCGUGGCGUUUGUUAAAGCCGGUGGUAGACUCUGGGAGCUGGAAGGAUCAAGAAAGGGUCCGAUAGAUAGGGGCGCACUUGCGGACGACGAGGAUGUUCUUAGUCCGAAGGCGCUUGAUCUAGGGCUUAAAAAAGCUAUACGCCUUGACCAGCAGGCUGGAGGUACGGAUUUACGAUUUAGCUGUAUUGCUCUAUCUCGGAAAGCUUAAGUCUCCGAGGGUAGAGGUAUAUUGCAAAGUCUUCAAGGCCUGUAUUUUAUGCGCAGUUUUAAACCAGAACCCUUGAGGAGUACUAGAGUAUUUGGUAUGUCCUAAGUCCAGCUUGCUAUUCGCCCC